CCGGGGCGAGGGAGGGGACGGGGGGAGCGCAGCCCGUCGCGCCUCCUUUGGCCUGGCCCGGCCCGGCCCAGUACCGGGCAGAGCCCGAGGGAGUCGCUGUGGGGGGACAGGCGCUCCCAGGCCGGCCGCGCCUCGCCUCCCUCGGGCCUCUCACUUCGUGGAUCCCCCGCCCUAUCCGCCCGGAAGCCGCGGGCGGCAUCGGGGCCGCGGAGGCUCCGGUCUGGAGGUGUCGUCUCUGUUCUCCCUUUCCCCGCAAGCUCCCUGGCUGCUUGGCAACCCGCCCCCCCCGCCCUUCCGGGCUCCGGGGCUCUGCCGCCCUCCCCCGGCACGGCCCCGCGCCGCAUCCACCCGUAGGGGAGCGGUGCCCUCCCCCUUUCCCCGCUGCGGAGCUAUUGUGUGCGGGCAGGGGCCCGCCGAGGGGCUGCUGGCGGAUCAGCCUUUCCCCGGGGAGGUGGAGGCGGGAAAGCGGGACGAGGGGGGCGUGAGGGCGGCGGGGGAGCCGGGGCCGCGGGAGACAGCGCCGGCGCGGUGUGUGCGCGCCCCGCUAGCUCUGCGCUGCUGCGAUCCUUUGUCUGCUGUGCCGCUUUCCCCUCCUCCCUCGCUCCUUUCCUCCCUCCUCCCUUCCCUCUCCCUCCCUGCGUUCCCCUCUCUCUCCCAGGCUCCAAGCGCUGCUGCAGCUGCAGGUUUGUAAAUACUGGACCAACACACACACACACAACAUGGCUGACGCUCGCCCUGCUCCUCCACCAGGGUCUCCGCCUUCUCCCUCAGUCUCCGCUGCUUAGCCGCUGCUCGGUGUAGGCUUUUGUUUCUUCCCCCCUCCCCCUUCAUCGCCCAUCAAAAAAAAAAAAAAAAAAAAAGGAAAAACAAUUCAUCCUCCUUAUUUGCGCGCAUGGCGGGAUUUCAAGGAGUACUGUAAUUGAAAGAGCAUCUUCUACAUUUGAAGAAGGACAAGUUGUUGAUUGAAUGGUGGAUUAAUAAGUGGUUGUGUCAUCCUAAGACUAAAAAGAUAUCCUGGAAGUUGGAAAGAACUGGAUUUUCACCCUAGUCCAGCAGCUUUGCUGCUCACUUAAACACAGAUGAAUGAAGACCCCAUUUGGAAAAUCACCAGGUCAGCGGUCCAGAGCUGAUGCAGGUCAUGCAGGAGUGUCUGCCAGCAUGAUGAAAAAAAGAACAUCCCACAAAAAACAUAGAAACAAUGUGGGACCAAGCAAACCUAUUUCUCAGCCACGAAGAAAUAUUGUAGGCUGCAGGAUACAGCACGGAUGGAAAGAAGGAAGUGGACCUGUAACACAAUGGAAGGGCACAGUUCUUGAUCAAGUUCCUGUAAAUCCCUCGCUCUAUCUCAUAAAGUAUGAUGGAUUUGAUUGUGUGUAUGGACUAGAACUUCACAAAGAUGAAAGAGUUUCAGCACUUGAAGUUCUUCCAGACAGAGUUGCUUCGUCUCGAAUUAGUGAUGCCCACCUGGCAGACACAAUGAUUGGUAAAGCCGUGGAACAUAUGUUUGAGACAGAGGAUGGCUCAAAAGAUGAAUGGAGGGGGAUGGUUUUGGCUCGAGCUCCUAUUAUGAACACAUGGUUUUAUAUUACCUACGAAAAAGAUCCCGUCUUGUACAUGUACCAGCUCUUAGAUGAUUAUAAAGAAGGUGACCUUCGCAUUAUGCCUGAUUCAAAUGAUUCACCUCCUGCAGAACGGGAACCAGGUGAAGUUGUGGACAGCCUGGUAGGCAAACAAGUGGAAUAUGCCAAAGAAGAUGGCUCGAAAAGGACUGGCAUGGUCAUUCAUCAAGUUGAAGCCAAACCAUCUGUCUAUUUCAUCAAGUUUGAUGAUGAUUUCCAUAUUUAUGUCUACGAUUUGGUGAAGACAUCCUAGACAUCAUCAUGAACUUUUGCCAAAUUUGUGGAACUAUUAAAUGUAAAAUUUGUAGACACAAAGACUUGACUGCUUUCCAGUUUAACGAAAGCUUAAAUGUCCCUGCGAACCCACAAUCUCUGCCAGCAAAACUGUUUUGUUCUGAGUAAUACAAACAUGACACAUUUUGUGUAAGAGAACUCCUUUUCUUGAAGGAAGUCAGUAUGUUUGGGCAGGAGGGAGUUAAAGCAAAGAACAGCUGCAAAUCCAAGCUGUGUAAAGUUGAUCUAGUGUUGUAAUCAUUAAUCUAAAUUUUUUCAUAGAUUUUUACUUUUUCUUCAAUCUUGCACUCACUUGUUCAACUGCCACAUGCAAGUGUAGUUUGAUAUUUUGAUACGCCUUCUUUUGUAACAUUAAAUUUAAUUUCUUGGAUACUGGCAGUUCUUGUCUUCAGGGUUGGGACAGAGGUGACUUUUCUGAAAGGUUUAAACAGUUUGUGCAGUAUCAAGGAGUGCCUAACCCAAGUAACAUCAAUCGGCUGUGUUUCUACACUUUAUUUCAAAUUUAGCUUUUUAAGAACUUGCAGUGCGUGGAAAUGCUUGUGCAUUUUUUACUAGUCACAGGGCAGUAGGAUAUCAAGUGUUUGGAUUAUGCACCUUUCAGUGAAAAGGCUUUAAACUAUAAAAUUACAUUUAAUCUGUAUAAUCACUUAAUUAGAAUAUGCAGGUUAAUGGCCCAUAUUUACAAGUUGUAGGAACCAGUAAAAUACAUGCAACAAGGCUGCCUUCAAUCCUAAAUGUUGUACUUCUUUCUUUGUUAUACACACUUCUUAGCAAAACCCAAGUGCUUGGUGCCACAACUCUUAACAGUAUAUAUGCUACUUCAGAAGAUUUUAGACUACGCAUUGGCAUCAGUAGUCUCUCAUUUAAAAUCAAACCUAGCAACCUGAAUGUUUGUGUGUGGACUUAGAAGCCUAACAGUAGUUAAUAUUUUACAUGGUAAAUACAAUCUCACACCAGGGAAGUGGGAGGGGGUGUCCUUUUACAGUGGAGAUGUAACUUUAGAGAAGGAGAAGCAUUUGUUGCCUUCUGCUCAGUCUGUUGCAUUCCUUUGUUUGGUUUGCUUUUAAUAAUUUUGGUUCAAGAAGGCAUCUUCCCAGUUUAUUUUUUUCUGGCUUUUCCACUUAAGGAGUGUCUGGAAAAAUCUACAGUUUAAACCUGUUGUUGCCUUUUGUGGUGUACAUUGUACUUGCUUUGAGGUAUGCUGUUAACAUUAAUUUCAUUCUAUGAACACUAGAGUUCUGCAUGCCAGUGGUGUACUAUCUAAUGGAAGCUAUAAGGCAGUCUCAGUGGUUCAGUCAUCUGCAUUAGAUUGUGGAUGUAAAUAGCAGCCCACAACUGCAAAAUCUUUUCAUGGUUAUAAUCUUGCAAGAUAGUUGUAAAUGAAAAUUAGGGUUUCCUUAAGUGUGGCAGCUUUUAAAAAUAAUUAAUUGGAACAACAAUGCGGCACGGCAACAAGGUUGUCAUGUUACAAUAAGGCAGAGCUCUGCAAGUUUCAAGAACUGCUUCACAGAAGUACAGAAGGUGAAGACAGUUAACACUGUUGAUGGAAGGAACAAAUACCCUGAUAUCCAGCUGUGUGCCAUUAGUGGAAGAGUGCAGGAGCUGUUAAUCAGAGGACAGAGGUGCAGAUGACCUCUGUUGUGGGUAUUCCUGAUAUUGAAGACUCAGUGGUUUAAGCCCCUUUCUGUCCAUUUUUUUUGCCUGAUUUCAUAUUUUAGCCUUAAGGCUUGUGCCUCAUUAUGCUGUUGAAUGAUAAUAAAUACUCUCCGUAUAAAUAUGAUACCUUAAUUCUUUGUCCAUUGCUCCUGUAUUGCAUUAUGUCCAGUAUUUCAUCAUGGGCAACCAAAGGCAGGCUAUUGUCUUUCAGUGAAUAGCUUCUGAUGCAGUCCUUAUGCAGUAAGUACCUGAGUCGUAAAUGUUUCUUGUGUUUGAACAAAGUGAGCAGAUUUGCAACACAGUGUUUUCAUCCUGCAGAUCUGUUGUGUUUUCUAUUGACUCUUAAGAGUCCUGCAUGUAAAUCUCAAAGCUGAGCCUGGCUCCAUGAGCCCAAGUCGAUAUUUGUGGCACAGGAAUGAGUGAGUGUAUUAAUUACACACAAGAUACAUGGAUUACCUAGUACACUGAGCUUGGGGCUAUAUAUCUGAGGAAUAAGAGGUUUGUUUUGAAAUAUCUGAGGUUUAGGUCUACUGGAACACUUCUAGCAUUAGGCUUGCAUUUGUGGGUUUUCUGCAAGCCUAUUGAGUACACUAUGUAUUCUGACAAUUAGAGUAUAAUCUACAAACUGUAAAUUUCACUGUCAUUUUUGGAUGUCCCCGUUUGUCUGUUGUAUGGAUAUUUUCACUUGGGGUUUUUUUGGGGAUAUUUUUUUGUUUUGUUUUUUUGGGUUUGUUUUUUUUUGAUAGCUUAAACCACAGUUUUGAGGCUUGAGACUAAUUCCACUCCCUGCCCAUCUGCUCUGGGCUUUGUUUUAGGCUCAUGUUUCAGAUCUGCAUGCAGUGCUUGCGUUACCCUGGUAACUAAAUGUUGGUUCCUUGUUAUAGGGGUUCAACAUUACUUUCCAAAAUCACAUAGGGCUUGUGAUGGCACAAGCCAUGGAUCUUUGUAUAAAAAGUUAUUCACCUUUCACAUUUACCUGCUGUAGUAUUGUUGUAUAUUGUGUGUGUGCGUGUGUGUGAUGUCAGGCUGCCAUGUAAAACUUAAAAGGGAAAAAAAAAAACAACUUAAAUGCAGACCAUCCUUUUUUGCAUGCUUAGAGGGUUAGAACAUUCAAUGUAACAAACUAAAGUUGCAUGUUAAAAUGUUUAGGUUUUUGUUUUGUUCUGUUUUUAUUUUGUGUUCAGUUUUUUGUGAAUUUGCUUAUUGUGCUGUUUUAAUGGUUGUUAGUAGGAUUAAAUGCACCGGUGAGACGAGCAUAGUGCCAACGAAAGGUAAUUUUCCAGUUGUAUGUGUCAUACAGCAUUUGAAGGGACCAUGUAUUCUGUUGAAGAAAAAAAUAAAAUUUCAGUUGAAUAGCAGAACACUACAUUCUUCUUCUUUCUUUAGAGUGCCAAACCCUAAACUAUGUUGGAGUAGAGAUGGGGAAAACCCUUUUUGUUGGAAUAGGUAGAAGCAUUCUUUAAAUGAAUUGUUUAAACAUAGGGGCUUUGUCUUCAGAGAGAAUUGUCUAGUUGCAUCAGGGAAAAGAAUUGUGGUAAAAACAGUUUCUGGUUCCUUGAAAAUGCUGCGCUUUUUCUAUUUUACAUCAUUAGUGCAAUUUGGAUGGUUCUUGGUAUGUGUAUAGUUCAGAGGUCUUCGUGUUCACAUUUUUAAAUUAGGUAAUUAAUUCAUCUUUAGAACUUGGUUUCUUUAUUUUAUUUUGAACAAUGUAGACAGUUCCCUGUUCUCUGCAUUUAGAACUAUAAACACUUUAAAUUGUUACUUAAUUCUGUAAGUAAUUUUUAUAAUUAUGAUGUAACUCUAUCCUUAAAACAUUUAAAAUAAACCCUUUAUGUGCAACUUA